UUUGACCUGGAUGCAGUUGUGAGCAGGGAGAGGACAAACCAGCAAAGCUAACAAGUUUAGGUGUUAUCAACACAGAGACGGCAGGAUGAGCAGUUCAGAGGAGGUGUCCUGGAUAUCCUGGUUCUGUGGACUCAGAGGGAAUGAGUUCUUCUGCGAGGUUGAUGAAGACUACAUCCAGGACAAGUUUAACCUGACAGGUUUGAAUGAGCAAGUGCCUCACUAUCGCCAGGCUCUGGACAUGAUCCUCGACCUUGAGCCAGAUGAGGAACUUGAAGAUAACCCAAACCAAAGUGACCUGAUUGAGCAGGCAGCAGAGAUGCUUUAUGGGCUUAUACAUGCAAGAUACAUCCUCACAAACAGAGGCAUUGCACAAAUGCUGGAGAAGUAUCAGCAAGGUGAUUUUGGCUAUUGCCCCAGAGUCUAUUGUGAGAACCAGCCAAUGCUUCCUAUUGGUUUGUCAGACAUCCCAGGAGAAGCAAUGGUGAAGCUCUACUGCCCAAAGUGCAUGGAUGUGUACACCCCUAAGUCCUCCAGACACCACCACACAGAUGGAGCUUAUUUUGGCACAGGGUUCCCUCACAUGCUGUUCAUGGUGCACCCAGAGUACCGUCCAAAGCGACCGGCCAACCAGUUCGUACCGAGGCUAUAUGGUUUCAAAAUUCACCCAAUGGCUUAUCAACUCCAACUUCAGGCCGCGUCAAGUUUCAAGAGCCCAGUGAAGACAAUCCGCUAGAACUCCUCGACUUUGACACAAACAGUGGACUCAGAGACUUUGUUGGUAACAACUCGUUUGAAACAAAAGGAUUAUAUAUUCCAAAUAAAUGCCUGUACAGCUCUUCGAACCCAUCUCUGUGUUCAGAUCCAGCCGUUUCCUCUCAUUUAGCGAACACCUGCCGCUGAACAGGUCAUUCUAUAUUAAACAUGUCGUUAUUCCUUCAUUCCUGAUACAGUGUUCAGGCUUAACUGAUGUCAGUCCCAUCUUUUCACAUUUCUCAUAGAAAGGUGACUCGACUCUGAUCAUGAAGGGUUUGCUUUGUGGUUUAAUUGCAGCCGAUUGAAUGUAAAAAGGAAAUCUUGCUACCAGCCCUCGGACAGGUUUUGCCUUAUCGGUGAUAACAGUCAGUCGAGACUUGUGACAGUUAAAUUGUAUGUAGUCGUGUUGAAGUGUGCUGAGGAACAGAUGUUGGAAUGUACUCAGAUUGUGCUCUGCCAGUGUGUAAAUACGAUUAGGUGCUAUUUCCAAGAACAAAUAAAUACCAAAUUAAAGGUAGGAAGUAUCUUAAAAAAUGGACCUAUGCUGCAUUUAAAUCCUAUUAUUGUUCAGUUUUCUUUGUUCCAGUGGCUGUGCUUGAUUCUGUAGACAAACUAUUUUCCUGAUAGUAUUUGUAGUUUCAUUAUUACAUUACAAUGUGGUUAGAUUAGACUUUUUCUCUCCUGUUUAGAGAGCUCGGUGUCGACAUGCAGCAACUCUCACUUAUAGGACAAACGAACGGCAUUAAAUAUUUAUUUCUUA